AUGGAAGAAGAGUUGAGAAAUUUAAUCUUGGUCUGGAUCUCUGCCUUGAUCUCCAUUUGUUAUUGUUAUUUCGUAUCAUCUAGAAUCUCUAAAGGUGUUCUUCGUCUCCUCUCUAUUCUUCCCAUCUUCGUUCUGUUUCUUGUUCUUCCUCUGUUCCUCUCUUCUGUGCAUCUCUGCGGCCUUUCCGCUCUUUUUUUCACAUGGCUCGGAAACUUCAAGCUUCUUCUCUUUGCCUUUGAUCAAGGACCUUUGUGCCCACUUCCCUCAAAUCUCUCCCGUUUCUUCUGCUUGGCUUGUUUCCCCAUCAAAAUCAGACAAUACCCUUCUCCAAAAGCCGCGGUCACGAAUCUUCAUCGUAAGAAUGAACCUAUGCCUAAAUGGGUUUUGGCUGUCAAAGUCCUGGUCUUUGGCGUCUUGUUACAUGUCUAUGAAUACAGCGACGGUUGGCCUCGGUUCGUUGUCUUGGCUCUCUAUUGUCUUCAUCUCUACCUUGAGGUGGAACUUGCCUUGGUCCUUGUCGGUGCCGUGGUAUCUACUCUUCUCGGGUGUGACAUCGAGCCAGUGUUCAAUGAGCCUUACCUAGCAACCUCUCUACAAGACUUCUGGAGCCGCAGAUGGAACCUCAUGGUUUCAGCCGUUCUACGCUCAACCAUCCACCUCCCUGUUCAGCGGUUUUCCACACGCUUGCUCGGUAAGAACAGAGCCGUGCUUGCUGGAGUCAUGGCUUCGUUCUUCGUCUCAGGUUUGAUGCAUGAGCUCAUCUACUAUUACGUGAUCCGUAAGGCACCGACUUGGGAGGUUACUUGUUUCUUUGUGUUGCACGGUGCUGCGACCGUCGCAGAGAUAGCGGUGAAGAGAACACCGUUUGUGAUGCGGUGGAAGAAACCGCACAGGGCAUUCUCGGGUCUUGCGGCUCUGGCGUUUGUGAGUGUGACAGGCGUUUGGCUAUUUCUUCCUCAGCUGCUGAGAAACAAUGUCCAUGAGAGAGCGAUUAGUGAAUGUUUGCUGAUUACGAGCUUUGUCAAACGCAACUUGUUCAUUUCUUCUUCAUGA